CUGUUCGCUACUGCCCGCGGCUGGCCCCCGGCGAGGCUGGCGAACGUCGACGGCUAUGGGUUGAUGCGAUUGCGGUCGUUGGACAAUCAUUGCAACGAGGCCUGCUACUCGUCCAUACGGGUUGCUGAGACGUCAGCGAGAAGGAAGACUCGCGACCUGGUGUCGGAGAUGCUAGGGUGGCUCGGUAGUGGUUCUCGCGAGUUCUCGUCGACGGUAGAGGUGAAGGUUGCUCGUCGCUCGAACGCAGGCAGGGGUUCAGUGGCUCGGAUGAGACAUCGGUGGCUGACGGGGUCCUUCAGGCUUUGA